AUGCCGUCGUCCUCCAAGAAGCAAAACGUGGUCACCUUCUCUGAGGUGCAUGACCCGCUGUACGGCGUGCUGAGUCCGCUCUCCCCCAGCCCCCUCGUCGUGCGCCACGUCCAGUAUCCCUCGUUGCACCACUACUUCCUCUGUGAACGCUUCAAAGGCUCGCCGGCGGAGCAGUGGAUGGCGGAGGCGACGACGGUGUGGUCGCUCGAACGCCUUGUCACGAAUGCGGAGGAGGAGGGGCAUCAGCGCCAAAACUGGAACAAGGUGAAGGUGGACGUGAUGCUGCUUGGCACGUACUUCAAGUUCAAGCAGAACGAAGCAGCGCGGGCGGUGCUCCUCAGCACGCAGACCUCACUGCUGCUGUACCACACGCCGACAGACGACUUCUGGGGCGAUGGCGGCGACGGUAAGGGCAAGAACGUGCUCGGCGUCGUGACUAUGGCGGUCCGCGCACGUCUAAAUAGUGAGGGGGAGCGGCAGAAGCAACGUCCGCCGGCCUCUGGCAGGCAUAGUAAGCCUGCCGCCGCCAAGUCUGCCGCUCUCCCUGCCACUCGCACAUAG